UUUAUUACUAGUCAAAGUCUGCUCCCAGUUCUUGAAGAAGAAAAGGUCUACUCCCACUUGUAUUCCCUCCUCGCCUGCUGCCCUCUUCUUCUUCUUCUUUUUGUUUUUCAUCUCCUUUGUCCACACCUCUCUACAAAGAUGAUGAUGAAACAAAUGAGCCUCUCUUUCUUUCUAUUCCUUUACCUCUUAACUUCCUUCUUUAUUGCUUCAUCGGCCACAAUCUCGUUAGGCUCCUCCAUCACCCCCUCAUCCCCACGCCUAACAUGGCACUCUUCCAAUUCCACUUUCUCCAUUUCCUUCAUUCCCUCUGCUUCUUCCAACUCUCUCCUCGCUGCCAUCACGUAUGCAGGUGGGGUUCCUAUUUGGACUGCUGGAAAUGGCACCACCGUUGACUCUGCUGGUUCCCUCCGUUUACUCUCCAACGGAGCUCUUCAUCUUGUCAAUGGUUCUGGCGCUGUCGUUUGGGACUCUGGCACUGCCAACCAGGGUGUUUCCUCUGCUUCCUUGGAAGAAUCCGGGGAACUCCGGCUAUUGGGCAAUGGCAGUUCUGUAGUUUGGUCUUCAUUUGACCAUCCAACGGAUACCAUCGUUCCGACUCAGAAUUUCACUGUUGGCAGAGUUCUAAGAUCUGGGUUGUAUACCUUUUAUCUUCAAAGGUCAGGGAAUUUAACUUUGAGAUGGAAUGAUAGUAUUGUUUAUUGGACCCAAGGGUUGAAUUCUUCUUUUGAUGCAAAUUUAACUUCACCGAGUUUAGGGUUGCAAACUAUUGGUAUUUUGAAUCUGUUUGAUCCUAGUUUGAGUACUGGGUCAAUUGUGGCUUACAGUAGUGAUUAUGCGGAAGGAAGUAAUAUUUUGAGGUUUUUAAGGUUAGAUGAGGAUGGGAAUCUAAGGAUUUAUAGUUCUUCUCAAGGUAGUGGGACUAUAACUCCGAGAUGGUCCGCAGUUUUAGAUCAGUGUGAUGUUUUUGGUUACUGUGGGAAUAUGGGAAUUUGUAGUUAUAAUGAUACGAGCCCAAUUUGCGGGUGUCCUUCAGAGAAUUUUGAGUUGGUGGAUGUGAAUGAUAGGAGGCAAGGGUGUAAGAGGAAAAGGGAGAUAGAGGAUUGUCCAGGGAGUGCUGCUAUGUUGGAACUGGAUCAUGCUGAGUUUUUGACUUAUUCGCCUGAGUUGUCUUCUCAGGUUUUCUUUAUUGGGAUAUCAGCUUGUAGAUUGAAUUGUCUUGUCAGCGCUUCUUGUGUUGCUUCCACUUCUUUGUCGGAUGGAUCAGGGGUCUGUUACUUGAAAACUACUGAGUUUGUGAGUGGGUAUCAGAGUGCAUCACUUCCUAGUACUUCUUAUGUUAAGGUUUGUGGACCAAUAUUACCAAACCCAUCUCCUUUUGCGGAUAAUGUAGAGAAUGGGAGUGGUUGGAGGGUGCAUGGCUGGGUUGUAGUGGUUGUGAUUGUGGCUACCGUGUUGGUUUUGAUUGCAUUGGAAGGCAGUUUAUGGUGGUGGUGCUGCAGAAACAGUCCCAAAUUUGGGGGUCUAUCAGCUCAAUAUGCUCUUCUUGAGUAUGCGUCUGGUGCUCCUGUUCAGUUCUCAUAUAAGGAGCUUCAGCGCUUAACCAAGGGAUUUAAGGAAAAGCUUGGAGCCGGAGGGUUUGGGGCUGUAUAUAAAGGAGUUCUUGCUAACAGAACUGUUAUGGCAGUGAAGCAACUAGAAGGUAUUGAGCAGGGUGAAAAGCAGUUUAGAAUGGAGGUUGCAACCAUCAGUAGCACCCACCAUUUAAACUUGGUGAGAUUGAUCGGUUUUUGCUCUGAGGGCCGUCACAGGCUUUUAGUUUACGAGUUUAUGAAAAAUGGGUCUCUAGAUAACUUCCUUUUUACCACAGAAGAGCACUCAGGAAAGAUGUUGAGCUGGGAAUACCGUUAUAAUGUUGCUCUUGGAACUGCAAGGGGAAUCACAUACCUUCAUGAGGAGUGUAGGGACUGCAUUGUUCAUUGCGAUAUAAAGCCUGAGAACAUUCUCUUGGAUGAAAAUUUCAAUGCCAAAGUGUCAGAUUUCGGACUUGCCAAACUUAUAAAUCCCAAAGACCAUAGAUACCGAACACUGACAAGUGUUAGGGGAACAAGGGGCUAUUUGGCACCUGAAUGGCUUGCAAACCUUCCAAUAACUUCAAAAUCUGAUGUUUAUAGUUACGGGAUGGUCUUGUUGGAGAUAGUGAGUGGAAGAAGGAAUUUUGAUGUUUCAGCGGACACAAAUAGGAAAAAGUUCUCUGUGUGGGCUUAUGAAGAGUUUGAGAAGGGUAAUAUAGAGGGAAUUGUUGAUAAAAAGCUUCGUAGUAAAGAUGUGGACAUGGAGCAAAUAACUAGGGCAAUUCAGGUUAGUUUCUGGUGCAUCCAGGAACAGCCUUCUCAUCGGCCAAUGAUGGGAAAAGUGGUUCAGAUGCUGGAAGGAAUCACAGAUAUUGAGAGACCGCCAGCACCAAAAGCUGCCACCGAAGGUUCUAUAAGCGGAACCAGCAUAAACGUGAGCAGUAAUAUCAGCGCUUUCUCAACUUUUGCUGUUUCCGCCCCAGCUCCCUCAUCAUCAUCUUCAUUGCAAACAGUUGGGAUUUCUCCCUUAGCUUCAGGAAUGAUUUCUUCAGAAAAGCAGUCAUCAUCCCUGAUACAGCCUGACAUGAAAUGCUAAAGGUGCAUAUUAAAUGACUUUGGCAGGGCGACCUCUGAUCCAGAUUUAACGUUAAACCUGUUGUAUAUAAAAUACGAGAGGUGAUGUUCAUACCAUAUGUUGUAAAAACAUGUUUAAAUUGUUACCUUAGCAAAUAUUUCUAGAAAGACUGAGGCAUUGCUGUCAGAGUUGUUGCUUCUACAAGUAUGGCCUUAGUUCAUUUAAAAACAUGUUACUAAUAAUGUUUAGUGGUGAUGUGUGCUACAUAUAUAUACCUUAUUGUCUGUUACCCAUAA